UUUUAUUAUAUAUUUUUAAUGUUUCCCUCGAAUCAUAGCAAAAUUAACAAAUCUUUUCGGUUUUACUUCUCUUUCGCCUCUGCCCUUUUCUGAAAACAAUGCAGCUUACAGUAUGCCAGAAGACGAGUACCGCUGUCUUAUUGGUAACCUUUCAUGGUCAACAUCUGAUAGAGGCCUAAAAGAUGCAUUUGAAAAGUUCGGAAAUCUUCUUGAGGCUAAGGUAGCUGUUGACAGGUUUUCUGGUCGUUCUCGUGGAUUUGGAUUUGUCACUUUUGAUGAGAAAGCAUCAAUGGAAGAAGCUAUUGAAGCAAUGAAUGGAAUGGAUUUGGAUGGGCGGGAUAUAACUGUCGAUAAAGCUAAGCCUCAACAAGGGUCAGGGAGAGAUUAUGAUGGUGAUCGUGGCCGUGAUCGUGACAGGGUUUAUGAUGGCAGUCGUGGAUCCAAUGGUGGGGAGUGUUUUAAGUAUGGGAAACCUGGACAUUUUGCUAGGGAGUGUCCUAGUGAUGGGGCUAGGGGAGCCAAGUAUGGUGGUAAGGGGGAUCGUUAUGGUGGCAGUGACAGUGACGGUGGUCGUUACGAUCCUGAUCGAAAUGGAGAUCGGUUUAGUGGGCGUAGCAGAGAUACUGGUAGUCGAGGGGGGUCUGGUAGUGACAGAUAUAAUUGUGAUCGUUCUGGACCGUAUGAGCGUCGUGGAACAGGAGGUCACCGUUCUAGAUAG